AUGGUUUACGGACUGCUAGUUGAAGCUCCUGACAGCUUUUGUAUCGAGCCAGUGGUGAACGCCCAUGGUUCAGACUGUUUCCUCACUUACCUUUUGUACUGUCUUUGCCACAGGGUCAUGUGGGGACACCCUUUCGACGUGUACUAUUGUUUUCUUAGUCUUGAGAUGUGCUUGAAAAGGAUAUCGCAGUUGUUGGCCGUGCCUCAUCAUCUACCUGUGCUCAGUUCUCUUUUACGCCAUGAACAGUCGGUGAAGAACGUGAUACAUACCAAAUGGGACAGUCCGUGCUGCGGCGUGCCAGAUUUAUGUGCUGCCAUCUUUCGACACUGGUUGCGUAUCAGAUCUGCUCUGGAGCAUCAGGCGAUUGAUUUCGAAACAAUCACUCUUUUUUACCUCACCGCCUAUCCGUGGUUCGUCCGAGGCAAAUUCCGCCUCUUGGCCGUACUAUUCGAAGAAUGCCCGCCGAAAACCUUAUUCCGUCUGGAGAGCAACAUUAUGUCUCAUCUGCAGAAAGCCGUGGCACCCAUACAUAUGGCGUCGCUGUCGGCGUCUUUGUGGAAAAUAAUCAUCACGAGACUUUCGAUCGAAAACGAGGCUGACUGCGCUCUCGAGCGAUAUAUCCGGUUCAUGGUUCGUUUAUUGCAUGAUUCCGAUAGAAUCACAGCUUCAAAUGUCAGCAGGUACUGGCUGCCGCUGGUUGCAAAGAUAUGUCCAAAAUCUCUGUACGCCUAUGUGCCGUAUUCGCCGAGUGACUUGAUCAAGUCGGAUUCGUCUUGUUUCACAUGGCAAGACGUGAAUUGGUUAAACCUGUGUAGCUUCGACGUCAGACCUUGCAAUGAGGCGAAAGUCGGUCACAACAUAAGCAAUGAACAAACACGCAUCUGGGCUUCCGUUGUCUUGCUCAAAGCCGCUGUCAUCGGCAGCCGUUCUUUCGAAGCGUUUGAUGUGGAAACUCUACGCUGUAUUUUGUUCUACCCUUCAGAUGAUGUACGGAUCGAAGCGUUUGAACUUCUUUGCAGUUUGAAGAAGACUUACAACGGGCCAGAAGUCGAAGAAGCUUGUACCUCGAUGGAUAGGUACUUCCUGAAAUGCGAAGAGUACCAAGCCGAGUUCGAGACUGAACUUUUCUCUGGAUCUGUGCUGGAACAAGAGAUCAAAGAAUGGGUGGCGUAUAAGAGCAGUAUUUGA